GCCGCGCCGGGACCGGAGCGCCUGCACACAGCUCCCGGGCCUGAGGAGCGCCUGCACACAGCUCCCGGGCCUGACGAGCAGCCAAGCUUUGGAAGCAUGGCUAAGGUUUUGCAUGAGAAUGAAACCAGUUCGGACACCCCAAGACAUGCACCCAGAGAAGAACAGGAUGACAAUGCCAGCAUGGAGAAGUACCUGAGAAACAAAAACCUUGUUUUGGAUUUCCUGAACUCUGACUUGAACGCCCACCACCUCCAGUACCACUGGAACAAAGUUCAUCUUCUGAAGAAGUGUUACUUUUACUUGAAGUUUCAGCCCAGACACGUGUGUGUGAGAGACCAGAACAAUAUGAUGAUUUUUGCUGACAUCUUGCAAAUAGCAAACCCCUGCCAACUCCAGAAGAUCAAGAAGGUGGGAAAAAAACAGACUGAAAUCCAACUGGCACUUUUAACUGAGCUGUUGGAACAGCUGGAACGAGGUCGGGAGGAGUUGAGCCGUUACGUACAGAUCUGUGACGUGGAAACUUUCCUCUCCCAGUGGGACUUGAAUAUAAAGAGAGUGCUCAAGCUCUCCAUGUUUUUAAAUAAGCUCAUUGCCUUGGAAGAGCCAAGGAAGCUCCAUGUCAAGCACAGUUUGGUGUCACAGAUACAUCUUGGAGGUGCUCUACACCCUCCCAUUAGUUUUUCUCUCUAUACGAAGAAGCCGCCGCUUUUUGAUCGGAUAGAGUCAUUUGCAUGCCAGACCUGGGUCCAGCUCAAGUGGUUCACUGAAAGUCAAGAGUCACACCUUGAACGAUGGCAGCUGGAGGUCAAGCUAGUGACAGAUAACAGUCAGACAGAACCAGGAUACGGCCGGAUCCAGGAAGUCAUGUCCAACCCGUGUAUAAUCGACCACCUGCAGCCUGGCAGGUUGUAUGAGUUCAAAGUGAGGAGAUCCGACACUCACACGCUCGUCUACUCGCAGUGGCAUGACUGCAUUAUAUUGAAGACAAAAUCUCACCCUGUUGAAGACACCAAGGAAGCCCCCAACCGCAGCCUGAUGAGGCGGCUUACAAGACCGGCUCUCUCACUUUAAUGGUUUAAUGAAAAAGAUGAGUAAGAGUAAUUAAAAAUAAAUAGUUUAAACAGUU